AUGGAUCUUAAUUCAAUAGCGUUAGAUUUAAAUCCAUUCCCAACAGCUGAAAUUCAAUCACCAAUUCGUACAGAAACAACUGAUUAUAGUAGAAUUUUACGUCGAAUAGCUGGAAUAAAUACUUCGUCAAUUCCUUGUGUUGUUGUUUGUAUUGCUUUUGAUUUAAUUUUUACAUUAAUAACAUUAGUUGUGGGUGCAUCGAAUAUUUCUGCAUGUCCUAUUGAACAUCGAAUACCAAUUUAUCUUAUUGUAUCGAGUGUAGUUAAUCUUGUAAGUAUUUUUUUUACGAUUGUUGCAUGCAUAUUACAUAGAAAAGAAAAAGAUGAUAAUAUAAUUGGCUUUUUUUGUGUUAUAUCUUCCGCUAUUAUUAUUAUAAUUUUACAAUUAUUUAUUUUUAUUUGGCUUAUUCUUGGAACUGUUUGGUUAUUUAGUAUUUUUAAUCAAGUUGAAUAUGAUCCACAACUGAAUUCAACAAAUUAUUGUCAAUCAGCUCUUUAUAAAUAUACCAUGAUUUCAAUUAUUUUACAAUAUAUUAUUCCAAUUGUUAUGUGUUGUUGUAAAAAUGCAUCAAUUUUUCAAUAG